AGUGAUCCUUUCAAACUAAAGUCAGCUGUAUAUAUGUCACUAUUACUGUCAGUGUCAUCAGUAAAACUUUAAAUUGUGAUUUUUAAGUAAAUAUGUUUAAAAAUAAUUAAAUAUAAUUGCUUGUUAUUAAUUUAUUAUCUGAAAAAUUAGUCAAAAUGUCAGUGCAGUUGAAAAUCGGUCAACGUGUUGAGGUGGUAGCAAAAGGGGUUCAAGGAACUGUCGCCUUCAUCGGUAAAACGGGCUUCGCCCAAGGAACAUGGAUUGGUCUAGUAUUAGAUGAACCGAAAGGAAAAAACAACGGUUCUGUUAAGGGACAAGAAUAUUUCAAGUGUGAAGAAAAUUACGGUAUGUUUGUUAAAGAAAAUCAGGUCGUUCAGCUUGAUGAACAAGGUAAACCAAUUGCGAAUAAAGACGUACCUCCUUCAAAAAUCGCCAGAAGUAGACAAAGUGUGCCCAAUACAAAACCUAAACCCACUACCUCGAGGAUUUCAUUGGCCAGCAGCCGACACUCCUUAGCAGGUAGCCGACAAUCUUUAUCAGGCAGUAGACAAUCUUUGUGCGGUAGUAAAACACAUUUAGAAUCACCUUCGAUUGAAAGACAACCUGAUAUUAACGAAUCCCAGAGCCAAACUCCAAAAAGAGCGUCUUUUGUUGAAACGGGAUUUGUUGAAACACUUAAACCUCAAUUUACACCAGGGCAAGCUAUGAUAACAACACCAACUCCCGUAACUUCAAUGGAUGACAAAAUCAGCAGCCUGCAGCUACAACAAGAAUUAGAAAAUAGAAAUCAGCAGAUUACGGAUCUUACUGAAAAAAUUGAGACGUUGAAGAUAAAAAGGCAAGAGGAUAAAGAGAGAUUGAAGAAUUAUGAUAAAUUGAAGAUACAAUUGGAACAAUUGAUAGAAUUCAAGUCGAAGAUAAUGAGCAGCCAGGCCAGUUUGCAGAGGGAUCUACAAAAAGCUAAACAGGAAGCUAAAGAAGCGGUGGAAGCUAAGGAAGCGCACGCCGAAGAAGUAGCAGAUCUAGCGGAAGCAGUAGAAAUGGCUACUUUGGAUAAAGAAAUGGCGGAAGAGAAAGCGGAAACGUUACAAUUAGAAUUGGAAGUAUGUAAAGAGAAAUUGGAGGAGGUUACUUUGGAUUUGGAAAUAUUGAAAGCUGAAAUGCAAGAAAAAGGCGCGAAUUUUUCAACUACGGAAGAUCAAAUGUCUGCGUACGAGGUGAAACAGUUGCAACAACAAAACGCUCGUUUGAGGGAAACUUUGGUGAGGUUGAGGGAUCUGUCGGCCCACGAGAAACACGAAUAUCAGAAAUUAUUGAAAGAUAUCGAUCAGAAAAAAUCGGAAAUUACCGAAUUGGGAAAAACUAAGGAGAAAUUGAGUACGCGAGUUGAGGAAAUGGAACAGCAAAUUAGCGAUUUGCAAGAACAGGUAGACGCAGCUUUGGGUGCCGAAGAAAUGGUGGUGAUUCUCAGCGAUCAAAAAUUAACUCUCGAAGAAAAAGUGGCCCAGUUACAAGAAGAAGUCAUCGAAUUGGAAGCUUUGCAAGAUAUGAACGAUCAGUUGGUAGAAAGUAACGCCGAAUUAGAGGCAGAUUUGAGAGAAGAAUUGGAUAUGGCCCAGGCGGCUACAAGAGAAGCUUUGAGAGAUAGAGACGCUGCUUUGGAAACGAUCGCCGAUAGAGAACAAACGAUAAGUAAAUUCAGAAAUCUCGUACAUCAACUACAAGAACAAUCUUUGGAUCUUCAACAUCGUUUGGAAACGGAGACCAGCAAACCUGUAUCGGCUUUACCUGAAAUAAUCGAUUUCAAGAAAAUGUUUACAGAAACUAAGGCUCAUAUCAAAGCAAUCGAUUUGGAAUUGAGACGAAUCGAUAUACAUCAGUUGCAGCAACACAUUAAAUUUUUGAGUGCUUAUAUGCCGGAUUCUUUCAUGACCAGAGGAGGAGACCACGACGCCGUUCUCGUUAUACUACUUAUACCGAGGUUGAUACAAAAGUUGGAAAUAAUUUUGGGUCAAGCGAAAGACAAAUUCCGUGGUAUCGACAAAAUCGACAAGAACGCCGUCCUCAAAGGGCAUUCCGUCAACCAAUAUACGUUCAAAUGCAAAAUCGGUUUCUACAUUUACGCCCUACAGAUAAUCCUCCAUCAAUAUUUCCACGUACUCAACACCUGCAAACCGGAUGUGUUGUUAAAAGCCGGCGCCGCAUAUCCGGAAAUGGCGGCGCAGGAAAAGUUGAUCGACGAUUAUAUCGAAUUGUCGAAAAGGGAUCAGCUCGACGAAAAUGUAUCGACGGAAACUUUGGAAAAGUGCGUUAAUUAUUUCAAUACGUUGUUUCCGGUUUUAUUCGGCGCGGAUAUUAAAUUGAAUCACAUGCAAUUGCUUAUCGAUAACGUCAAAUGUUUGACGUCGAUCGUCGACGGUUUCGUCGUAGAUUCUACGGUUAUAAAAUGUCUGAUGGAAUCCACGAAAGGCGAUAUGGAACUUCUAGUUCAACAUAUCGUAACGGCAUCAGAUUCUCUCCAACAGCAACUGAAGUUAAUCAAAAGAAGAUUACCAUUGGACACCAACAUCUCGAAUUUGGGUUUGAACAAAGAAGUACAUGAAAAUAUGUAUCAGUGCUACCAGCACGCUUCAAAAAUAUCCAAAACUUUGAACGACAUCGUUAAAAGUACCGUCCAAACUGUAUUAACCAGUGGAGAAUCCGAGAAAUUAGUCCCACAGGAUAAAGUUAAGGAUAUAGCAAUCAACGCCAGCGAGAAAUUCUACGAACAGGACGAUCUAGGACCGGUCCAAAGUUUAAAGAACUCCCUGAAUUUCAUCCUUACUCAGAUCACUCAAUUGGCGCAAUAUCUACACGAUAACGAAUACGAAAUAACCACGGCGAAUAAAAACGAAGAAAAAGUGACUUCGCCUAUCAGGAUAAGAGCCGAAUCCGUAAAGAAGGAAUUGGAACAAACGAAAACGUUGACCAGCAAAUUGGAGAACAAAGAGUCCGACAUAAAGGAAUUGAAGAGAAUGUUGAAAGAAAAACAAGAAUUGUAUUCCGAGAUGACUAUACGCAAAGAAUUGGCCGAAAAGAAAUUGGGUAACGUGAAUAAAGAUUACGAAAUGACUAUAGAGAAGUUGCAGAGGAAAUUGGAAGAGGCGCACAAUAAUUAUAAGAAGAAAGAGAAGGAAUUCGAAGAGACUUUAGAUCACUUACAGACCGAUAUCGAUUCUUUGGAAAAUGAGAAAGGGGAAAUGAAGGAGAAACUUAAAAUUUUAUCCAAGAAAGCUGCUUUGGAAGUAUCUUUAUCUAAAGGAUCUCAGUUGCCUUCUUUGCAGUCGUUAGGCCCAACUUUACCUGCCGUAGUUAAAGAUUCUCCGUUGCUGAUGCAAGAAAUAGACAAUUUGAGAAAAAUAUUCCACCAAGAACGCAAUAAGAGAAUCCAAUUGGAAAAUAGAAAACUCAAAGAACAACUAGACAGUAUGGCGCCGCUUCCAUCCUUCAAAAACGAACCCGACGAAAUUCUAGAAACCCUAUUCCGAGAAGGAUCCGAUUUGAAUCAGAAACUUCUCGUUCACAUGUCCAAACCCACUUUUCCCGCUAUCUACAAAUUAAAACCGGGAAACGGUCCCGCGGCUUGGAAACGACAUUUCGCCGAAGAACACAACAAAUUAAUAGUCUUGAAUAGAGCCAGAGAGCAAUUUCAAUCUAAAGUAGCAGCUGAAGCCGUUAAAAGAAAAUUUGGGGCUAGGAUCGAAUCCGAUUUAACAAUUUUUCCAACAAAAGAAAUGACAAAGGCUCUAAACGAAACUAAGGCUAUAAAUAUAGGAUUCGUGAAAAUUUCCAAGGAAUUGUUACCAUCAAACGAAAAACCGAAAGUGAUCGAUGUAGAAGUAGACUGCGAUAACUUACACACUAUAUUACAAACGUUAUUAGUUAAGUAAAAAUCAAUUUUAUAUUUAAAUUUAUUUAACAAUAUUAUUAAUAACAUGAAAACGCUUGAAUAAAUUUACUUAACCCACUUGAAAUUCUUUUUUUUCUAAUAAGUAGUUUGUAGAUAAUCAACU